CAUUUUUUUUGUCAUUGAUAAAUUUAGUUUUUUAUUUAAAUUCUUUUUGUUUUUGUAUACAAAUGUCACCAACUCAAUUAUCAUCAUCAUCAGCAGCAGCUUUAGCAUCAAAAUCAUCAUGGCUAUCUAAACCAAUCAAAGGAUUAUUAUUAGAUAUAACAGGUGUUUUAUAUGAAAGUGGUACAACCAAUGCUAUCAAUGGUUCAUUGGAUGCUAUUUCAAAACUUCGUCAUGCUGGUCUACCAUUUCGAUUGGUUACAAAUGAAACAAUGAAAAUCACAACAAAAUUGAUUGAAAAAUUAAAUAAUUUUGGUUAUGAUUUUCAAAAACAUGAAGUUAUUACACCUGGAAUGAUUUGUCGACAAUAUCUUAUUGAUAAUAAUUUACGGCCACAUUUUCUUAUCUAUCCAGAUCUUGAACCAGAAUUCGAUGAUAUUGAUCGUUCGAAUCCAAAUUGUGUUGUCAUUGGUGAUGCUGAACAUUAUUUUACAUUCGAAAGAUUGAACGAAUGUUUUCAAUUAUUAAUGUUAUUGAAAGAACAACAUGAAUCAUUUAAUCGUACAAAUAAUUUACUUAUAUCAUUAGGUCGUAAUCGUUAUUAUCGUCAACGUAAUGAAUUAAUAAUGGAUUUAGGUUGUUUUACUGCUGCACUUGAAUAUGGUACUGAUUUGGAAGCAAUGAUUAUUGGUAAACCAUCCAAAGAAUAUUUUCAAUCAGCAAUUCAAACAUUUAAUGAUCCAACAAUAACUAAUGAUAAUAUUAUUAUGAUUGGUGAUGAUAUUAUUGGUGAUGUACAAGGUGCACAAAAUUCCGGUAUUCGUGGUAUAUUAGUUCGUACUGGGAAAUAUUUACCAUUGAAUGAAAAUCAUCCAUUUGUUCGACCGGAUGGUAUUGUUGAUAAUUUAGCCGAUGCUGUUGAUCAGAUUUUACGAAAUCAACAUGGACAACAACAACAAAGCUGAAACAACUAGUCAAAAAUAGGAAAAUCUUUCUUUUUUGGGGAAAAAACCAAGUUUUA